AUGGCUGUGGGUUUGAAUUUUUAUCGUGAGGCAGACUUAGUUGAAGAAGCUGUCAUACCAGCCCAAGAGGGCACAGUUGUAUCGUCCGGUGCCAAAGAAGCUACUCUUGAUGCUUCUAAGCAAUCUCCUUUGCCACAUAAGGCUGUAUCUUUCAUUGGUAAUAAUGAAUUGAUCGAUGGUAUAUCUGUGCGGUCCCCAGAUUACCUUUCAGGCUUCUUCCAGAAAUUGAGAUUACAGUUAACAGGUACUGUCAAUAGAUUUACUCAAAAGCUAGAUGAAAAAUCAUCGGCUUAUUAUAAGCAUGAACGGAAAUUGACAUCAACGAUAGCAGAUUUGCAUUCCGAUCCCAGGGAAGAACUGCUGCCAGGGUUUACAUAUAUCGCAGUGGCCGCCAUGUCCGGUUCCGUUCUAACAAGGAAUAAGAACUUCUUGUUUAGGUUUGCUGCUCCUCUACUACUGGGAUCUGCAUGUUUCUCAUACGUGCUACCUACUACAUUCCGUAAUACUGCUGUUCUGUUACAUUCCAUCGAGGCAGACAACUUCCCUGAUGCAGUUGCAAAGCAAGAUGCCAUUAUCAGAAGGACUGGAGAAUUGAGCCGCGCCGCUGCUCAUAAGGUAGACGGCAUUUCUAGGUCGAUUGUUGGUACUGUUGCCAAGUCGCAGCACUUCAUCAAGGAAUGGACGGGCCUUAAUGUCGAGUGA